AUGAAGUCAAAAGGGAGUCGGUUGUCAACAGACUGUCCUGUCGAAUUUCCCAAGAUAGUCUCUGGAUUCGCUGAGGAAGUGAAAAUACGUAGACAAAGUUCCCAAGGACAGUACGCCGUCGAUUCACAUCCUCCGAAAAGCCCUGAACUGAAACACAGAAGACAGAGGUCAUCCUCUUUUGUUAACGGUAAAUGCAGGAACAGGGACCUUCCAUUGUUAGAUAACAAGAAAGCACAAGAAAUAAACACCAAUUCACACGGCCAAGACAUCGGUAUCAAAAACUUACCACGUCAACGUGAGUUGUUGAAUGCCAAAAAUGGAAUUGAUUUUACGCUGAUGGUGGCGGGUCAAAGUGGAUUGGGUAAAACCACGUUUAUCAAUUCCUUAUUUUCUACUUCUUUAAUUGAUGAUGACAUCAAAGAAAACAAACCUAUUAUUCGUUAUAAAAGCAUUGUAGAAGGAGAUGGAACACACCUUAAUUUCAACGUCAUCGAUACACCUGGUUUUGGUAACAAUAUGGAUAAUGCAUUUACGUGGAGGACAAUGGUUAACUAUAUUGAUGAAGAAAUAAGAUCGUACAUUUUCCAAGAAGAACAACCUGAUAGGACAAAAAUGGUUGAUAAUAGAGUCCAUUGUUGUUUGUACUUUCUGAGACCUUCAAAUAAGGGAAUUGAUACUUUAGACGUCGUAACAAUGAAAAAAUUAGCGAAGAGAGUGAAUUUAAUCCCGGUUAUUGCUAAAUCAGAUUUGCUAACGAAAGAGGAAUUGAAAAACUUCAAAACACAAGUUAGAGAAAUAAUAAGAGUACAAGAUAUCCCUGUAUGUUUCUUUUUCGGCGAUGAAGUUUUGAAUGCAACACAAGAUAUUUUUCAAAAAUAUCCAUUCAGUAUAAUUGCAUCUAAUGAGUACAUUUUUAAUGAAAAGGGCGAAAAAGUUAAAGGAAGACAAUACAAAUGGGGCGCUGUUGACAUUGAAAAUGAAAAGUACUGUGACUUCAAAAUCUUGCAAAAGACGAUUUUUGAUUGGAAUUUAAUUGAUCUUGUAGAAAGUACCGAGGAUUAUUAUGAAAAAUGCAGAUCUGAAAUGCUAAGAACUAGGCUAUUAAAGGCCAGAGAUUGCUUAACAACGAAAAGUGUUGACAUAACGGAAGAACAAAGGAAAUUUUUGGAGGAAGAAAUGAACUUCGAUGAAAUCGAGGAAAACAAACUCAAAAAUUACAAGUGCUAUGAAAUAAUUAAUAAAACGGUCAUGGAUAAGGUGGCUACAGAAUGGGAUCCUGAAUUUAUAACUAGACAAUUAGAAGCUAAGAAAAAAUUCAACGAGCUGUCCAACAGAGAAAUUUCAAAAUUUCGAGACUGGAAAAAGAGCCUAUUCAUGGAACAAGAGAAUUUUAACCAAGAGAUUGAACAAUUGAAUCACAAGUUGGAAAACUUACAACUGGAAUGUCAGGACUUGGAAUACAAGCUGUUAAUCGGAAAAAGUUCCAACAGCCAUUCCACAGAUAGUGCUACUUUAGUAAACGUUCACAUCAAAAGGUAG